CUCGAUAUUACCUGAAGAUUCAUCAUACUACAAAUCCCCAACACAGACCGGUUCAAUGAACAAAUUGGUUAAUACAGAUCUCAUAUCGGCCUAAAAAGGCCGUAUUUGAAGCCUAGUUGAUCAUGUGUAUCGGUUGUAGUAAGUUCUGAUCAUCAAACACUCAGCUGAAUUACUGGUUUCAUCAUCGUGGACUGACAAAAUGCAUCUGAGAGGUUUCACGUUCAUAGCUGGAUUACAACCACAGAUAAUGAAGUUCAAGUUAAGCCGGAAACAAUGUGUUACAUAUCUAAGUACUACAGCACCAAAGUAUAAUUUCGACUGGAUGAAUGGCUUUCACAGUUGGUCGUUUGAAUGACAAUUAUUGGUUUCGUUUAGAUCAUACGCUCAAACCGCCCUUAUCAUAUGGUUCUGAGACUCAUUACACGAAUAUAACACAUGCUCAAACUGUAAUAAAUCAUACAACAAACAAAACAAAGGCAUGGAAAAUACCAACUCAGUUCUCUUUUAUCAUCAACGGAAGGUGUGAUAUACAUACAGUGAUAAUCGGAUAA